CAUACGAUCUUUAGCAGCUUCAAGCCUACUUUGUGCAUUAUUUUAAUAGCGAGCGAUUCUGCGAUUUGCUUGGUUUUUGGAAAUCAUCCCCCUCUUCCAGCCGACUGCUUCUCAGCCAACCUCAUGCGGUUCCGUCAGCAAUGCACACCUCCCCGACUCCGAUCUCGCUGCUACCCCUCGAGACCCCUCAUCCGGUUGCUGCCCGACAAGAGGAGGGGGCGGUCCAUGUCAUAACUCAGACGAUCUAUCGCCCGAGCACCACCUUUGUCACGUACGUGACCCUGGGCAGUGGGCCGCCAACUUCGAACUUGGACAGAGGAAACCCGGCGGAGCCACCGCCGGCGGCAGCCUCUCCGACGGUAGCCCGGGAGCCACCGCCAGACCGGUCGAGCGGCUCGCUAUCGAGCGUCCAGAUCGGAGGCAUCCUCGGAGGCAUCGUCGCCUUUGUGGCCAUCGCCCUCAUCGCCUGGUUCUGCGUCUCGCAGAAACCCCGGAGAAGACCGUAUACGGACGACAUCGGGCCGUAUUCCGACUAUGAUACGUCCACGGAGGGCAACAGUACGCCGACUCGGCGGUCGCGUCCGAGAAGUCAAGGGGGAGGUCGAAUUCGCGUGCCGACGUACAUUCCAAUGCCGACCCCGCCACCGCCAGUCAUUAACGUGAAUCGUUACAAAAGCUGGAAUCCUACCUUUAACGGACCGCCCCGACGACAACAGCCACCGCCGCCACAUCGAUACCGGACGAGAUUACCUUGAGCCUCGCCGCUGAUGCUGUUUGUAGCACGGCGUCUAAUUACCGGGUUUAUGGGAGCAUAUUAAAUUUGCGACAAUGUGCUGGAGCUAUGUGGAGACUGGUUGAUGGUCGGUCAGCAGUCAGGCUAAUAAUGCAUUGUGAUGUCGGAUCACGUUGAGUGAGAGGGACAUGCGAGCCGGCGACGAGGUUCCGGACGUGAAGAAACACAACAUGGCGUGAAACGUCGAGACUUUGUAGCGUCCAUAAAUUUGAUACCCGAACAGUUCAGAGACACGUUUUCCAGCUCUAAUUUUAUCAUUUCAUCAACCAGAUGUGUUUGGCUCGUGGUCUUGCUUCAUUUUAUCUUCCUGUAGUUACGACGUCGCCUUGGUCUUCAACCGAUAUACUUACUUACUCGAAGAGAGCAAAGGUCCACGUUAUCAAAUUGAAAGAGAUGGUAUUUGGCUUCUCUACCUGGUUCUAUAAAGUAAACAUUUGC